AUGAGCUUACACAACAUUGGGGAGCGGGCGGGCGGCUCGGCCGGUUGCAGCGGUGUCAUGCUCGGGCCUCUGGGCUGCUCCGGGGAAGGCCUGGUCCGGAUUCUCUGCACCAGAGACGUGAGGGGAGCGGCCGGGCUCUGGCACGCAGGGGGCGGGGUGCACAUUGAGCCCCACUACCAGCAGUUCCCAAGGCUGACCCGCUGGCAGGUGAUCCACGGCAAGCUCCUCAGCGGCUUCAUGUGGUUCUGGAUCCUGUGGCACUUCUUGCACAACCCAGAUGUGGUGCUGGGUCACUUUCCUUAUCCAGAUGCUUCGAAAUGGAUAGAUGAUGAAUUGGGGAUCCCUCCUGAUGAUGAAGAAUAG